CACUUGAAGGUCUUUUGUUGUGGGUGCCGACAGCUCCCCUCACGUUGAUUCGAGGCACGCUUCUUUAACUAAACAGGAAAUGGGAUGUGGCACUUGAGAUGCCUUAUACUGUAGCACAAGAGCAGGGUGAAGGUUCAGCUAGAUGUUCGCAGGAUCUAAAGACAGAUGAACAAAAAAAUAAGGAAGACAAGUGCCUGAGGACCACGACUGGAUCACGUCUGGAAAAGGUCCUGUUCACUUUGCUGCCGAAGUAUGACCAUCUGGUGCGAGGGAUUCUCAAGCACUGAGCAGAGUGUGGUGGCUGCGUUCAUGUGAUUCUUGCUUCGGCUACGUCUGCGAGCAGCCAGGUAAGGGGCCUGCAAGGCUGGUGCCUCAGCAUGCCUGUGAUCCUGGGGGAAAUCAGGGUGCUCACCAAGCCCCUGUCUGGUGUGCGUAUCCUCGAGCUGCUCUUCGACUGCCUCGCCUUCAGCUUGGCCUCUUCCUUAGAGCCCCGCUCAUCAUUCAAGAGCUUCUGCAUGUUCAGCUGGUGUUUCUUCUUCACGCUCACCUUCCUCAUCCUCCUGGUGGACUUCGUUCAGUUCCAGAGCAUCAUCCCUGUAUCCUGGAAGAACCUUCCAAUCACCGUGGCAUCCCUGGGGGCGCUCAUGUGCAUCGGCUCGUCUGCGGGCUUCCCCUUGUUCAUGCAGGAGGGCAGGAAGGAGCCAAAGGCCAUCGGGGCCACGGUGUGCUCCUGCCUGGCCUUUAUGGCAUACGUCAUGGAGGUCAACCUCAUCCGACACCAGGGCAGGGAACAGAGGGGCUACAUGGCCAGCAUGCCAGGGCUGCUGAAAGUCUUCCAGGUGUUCAGCGGCUGUGCUAUGAUCUUCCUGUUCAGCAGCCAAUGUCAAAUGCCGGACUUCGCGAAGGAGACCAGCUGGCUGUUUUGGUUCUCAGCUGCAAAUAAGCUGCUCUGCUUCCUCAUGUCCCUGGGCACCAUACUGGUCGUGCUGGGAGACUGCGUCAGCCAUUGCCCUCUGCCCUUUGACCGCUUGCUGGUGAGCUUCUGCAGCCUAGCCGUGUUGCUGUACAUCAUUGUCGCCGUGGAGUGCAUCACUAAGAUCCUGGUAAUGCCGGCAGAACGAGUCGAGCUCAGUGACCCAACAAGAGCCCUGCCCUUCAUCGAGACGAUUACUGCCUGUCUAACCCUCUUGGCUUACACAGUGGAUCUGGCGUUCUCUGUAAAACUUUUAUGUGACCAUGCCUAACUCAGGGGUGUUGGAGGGUCAUGGAUACCCUGACAUAUUCAUGGGGUCCAGCACUUCUUGAAUACGUAAAAUUAUGCGUGACAUUUGGCGGGGGGGGGGGGGGGGGACAUUUUAUCAGGGGGCCCAAAAUUUCCAGGUAUACCCCCAGCCCCCCGCCUAACUACACGCACAAGGGAAAUGCGUUAUGAGCUUUUAGUUAAAACACAUAUUAAAGAAGCAGUAAAUGAUAACUGGAAGGAAAAGAUGUUUUAGCCUUUAGUUGGCAUACUAGCAUUUUUUUUUUGUCUACAAUGAAACAUUGAUAGGUUACAGUGUAAUCAAACGUUGUUUUAACACAUAAAAAGAGAUGUACUUUUAGAAUUAUUUACGUAUUUCAUCUAUUAAAAUUGACCUUUCUUCUUAGUUCGAGUUCCGGAAUUCACUCUGCAGCUUUGCUUGACCUUCUGGCCACUUGAUGUUUUGUUCUGCUAUAUUCUGUUUGUUUAGUACUGAAAGUAUUUCCAGUGUGACCAAAUAACGAUGGUAUUAUACUUUAUAAAACAAAUUUUGUUAAAAGACUUCUAAUAGGUAUUUAGUAUUUAAAUAUCAGAAUCUGCUUCUUAUGGUCAAGACCACAGGAGAGAGUUUGAUAUUGGGGGGGGGGGGACACAACUUAAUAAUUUAAAUGCAAAGGUCUAUUUUUUGGAGGGGGGGGUGCGAAUGUAGCCCAAAUUAAAUAUUGGGGGACACACUGGUCCCUACGCCCCUGAAUUUGUCGGCUGACAGACAAUGAGAUUAGUUUAACUUGGUUGCAUUUUUUUCGUUUUGUUUUGUUUUUUUGUUAACAAAAACGUUUUUUGUAACAAAGCCUGUUAAUCGGCGAGCAUCACACAAAGGUUUCUGCUCACUGUGCGGAAAAAACUCCCAUACGUCAGACACGCCUCAGUGAAUGUCAGUGCUGCUAGCCGAGUCAUUUCACACCGCGCUCUCUGCAGUCUCCCACCUGUGCAUUUGUGCGCCGAGUACGAUUUCCUGUGAGGGCGGCUCGAGCAAAAACGUUUUUCUAUUUGCAUAUUGCAAUAAUAAAACGACUAGACUUGA